AUGCGUGCCACCCUGCGGAGAUCGUGCGAUGCAUGUGCCAAAGCAAAGCACCGAUGCGAUCUUCAAACGCCCCAAUGCUCUCGCUGCAUCAAAAGGAGAGCAAGGUGUGUCUAUGCCAACCAGCCAUUGACCUCGUCGGACACCUCGGGAACCGCCUCUUGGCCCUGCGACGACGAAAUCGACACUCUGGCGACAUCUUCACACUCAAAUGUGUCCUUGGCAGUGCGUCCAGCGUCGCCCGUGUGGCUUGUUGACCCGGCCAACACGUCCUACGACCCGUUUGAUUCCUACCCGCCAACAAGGCUUCCUCGCCUCCAUGUCCAGCGUCUUAUUCGCCACUUCCUGUCGAGCAUCGCAUUUCAGUAUUACCCCCUCGACAUGAACACCGACACAAAUCCAUUCAUUGUCUCGUGGUGGCCCUUGGCCCUCGACGACCCUGCUCUCUUCCACGUCUCUCUCCAAACAGCUUCCCUUGACGAAGAACUACGCGCGCAAAGGGGAUUUGCUAUAUCGGAAGCUCUCAUGGUCGACUCAGUCUGCGAAUUGAGAAAAAAAAUUGAGCAUUCAUCUUCGGCGGUGCAGGAUGAGACAAUCAACGCAGUCGUUACAUUGGCCGCGAUUGAGCACGGAAAAGGAAACUUCGAGUCUAGUGUCAUGCACAUCAAGGGGGUCAAGAAAAUGAUCAGCCUGCGAGGCGGCAUUGGCCGGGUAAAACACACAAGUCCACUGACGGCUCGCAUGGUGUUAUGGGUCUCCAUGCUGGUUACUUGUCAGCCCCAAUUUGGGAUUCACGACCAUGUCGCCUGCGACGGCAUUCUGUCCGGUUUGCAAUGGCAGUUUGCGUCGGCUCACCUGGAUCCAGGGAGCAUCGGGCUGGGCCAUGAAGAGAUUGACCCCAACGUGCGAGAUGCCCUUGCUUGUCUGCGCUACAUUUUUCAUCAAGGAAAAAUCACGACGACCGAGCUGCACGAUCUGACGUGCUUUGUGAUACACAAGUUGCUGUCCCUGCAACAGCCGCCCUGCCAUGCGAGCAACAACGGCCACCAUGCCGUAUCCGAGUCUCUUCGGCUGGCGUUGGUGCUGUAUCUGCUCAUCAUCCACGGCACCACGUAUUAUUCACACAUCCACAUGGCCACUUUGCUGGCAAAGCGGCUCAGAGGACAGCUACAGUAUUUACCCGCAAAGGGCGGCAUUCUGGACUCGCUCAAAGUCUGGGCCAUCUCCAUCGGAAUGGUAUCCUCGUUUGACCCGAUUGAUGGUGCGUGGUUUGCGUCAGAGGCCCGCUCUGCCCAAGCAUCUCUCGGCUUGAACUGCUGGGAUGAUGUGAUGACGCACUUGGAGAAUAUACUCUGGUUCAAGACGCAACAAGACAACGUUUUCUGGUCGGAAUGGCAACCAAUCUUGAGCAAUACGAACCGGUGA